GGGAGCAUGGGGUGUUUGGAAUAAUUAUUAAAAUCCGCGUGUGUCUGCGCCAUCCUGUGGGUGUGGCGCAGAGCAGAGUGUAAACUCUAGCGGGGCUGGAGCAAACAUUGGAUUAGCGGCAGCCGCCUGCCAGCCUGCCCGAGGAGUGCGGGGACCGCGGCACGCCACCGGCACCAUGGCCUCGUCUCAGGGGAAGAACGAGCUGAAAUUCGCCGACUGGAUGGCAACUCUACCCGAGAGCAUCCACAGCAUCCCCCUCACCAAUUUGGCCAUCCCAGGAUCUCAUGACUCCUUCAGUUUCUACAUUGAUGAAGCCUCUCCAGUGGGCCCUGAACAGCCAGAAACUGUCCAGAAUUUUGUCUCUGUUUUUGGAACUGUGGCCAAAAAGCUGAUGCGGAAAUGGUUAGCCACUCAAACGAUGAACUUUACAGGUCAGCUAGGAGCUGGGAUCCGUUACUUUGAUCUUCGAAUCUCCACCAAGCCCAGAGACCCCGACAAUGAACUCUACUUUGCUCAUGGCUUGUUCAGUGCCAAAGUCAAUGAAGGCCUAGAGGAGAUCAAUGCAUUCCUCACAGAUCACCGUAAGGAGGUAGUGUUCUUGGACUUCAAUCAUUUUUAUGGGAUGCAGAAAUACCACCAUGAAAAGUUGGUCCAGAUGCUGAAGGACAUCUAUGGCAAUAAAAUGUGCCCGGCCAUUUUCGCACAGGAAGUCAGUCUCAAGUACCUGUGGGAGAAGGACUACCAAGUGCUGGUCUUCUACCACAGUCCCGUGGCUCUGGAGGUGCCCUUCCUCUGGCCUGGGCAGAUGAUGCCUGCUCCCUGGGCCAACACCACAGACCCGGAAAAACUGAUCCAGUUUCUGCAGGCGUCCAUUACAGAGAGAAGAAAGAAGGGCUCGUUUUUUAUAUCUCAGGUGGUGCUGACACCCAAAGCAAGCACUGUGGUCAAAGGGGUGGCCAGUGGCCUCAGAGAGACCAUCACGGAAAGAGCUCUCCCUGCCAUGAUGCAGUGGGUCCGCACCCAGAAGCCAGGCGAGAGUGGCAUCAAUAUCGUCACUGCCGAUUUUGUAGAACUUGGUGAUUUCAUCAGCACCGUCAUAAAGCUCAACUAUGUCUUCGAUGAAGGAGAAGCCAACACUUGAUAGUACUGUUCUGAGCAUUCACGAGUAAGAUAGAGAAGACACACCGUAUUAGGCAUAUUAUUGACAAACACGCUGAUCUUCCUAUUCCACUGAGUCUCGGCGGGAAUUGGGGCUGGUAGUGGGUGGGAAAAGGGGGAAUCCAUUUCUUGAGUGAUGAUUAUCAUAGUCUGCAUUAGUAUAAAUAUUUCAUUUCCCAUUGGAUGAGCAAAACCUACUUCUAGUGUUAGAGGUUUUACAAAAGACCAGUGAAUUUUGUUUUUCAGAAUUAGUCUUCGUAACGUAUAACUUGCAAGUGUGUACUUGAUUGUGUUUCUGGUUUCCACCUAGAUCUCCUAUGCGCUCUCUGAUCCUCUAAUUGAACUUUCCCGCUCCCUCUCUCGUGCUCUCUUUUCAAUCAGUUGCUGGAUGGGACUCAAAACAAUGGGAUGUCCCAACAGAACAUGUAUUACAUUGUUGCACUAAAAUUUAUUUGUUGUGUGGGACUUGGCAUAAUAUUCUGUAGUCAUCUGCAAUUGGGCGAUCAUUGCUAACUUUUGGUCAUGGAAAAUAUGCAAGUCAUUUUCCCUGCAUCAGUAAUAAUUGGAGGCUGUAACCAGUGAUUUUUGUGUUAUGUGAAAAUAAUAGUGUUUCACAGUAUUUCUAUUUAAGGCAGCUAUAAAUAUAGAGUAAACAAUUCUGUGGAAGAACUAUUUGUGCCAACUCUAUAGUGAAAAAUAGGGGUGGGGGAUGGUUGCUAUUUUAACUCAAGAAUCUCUUCAUAAUAGUGCCCUGCAAACAUCUAGUAAAUGAAAAAUUGUGAAUGAGGAGUGUGGUAAAAUCAGAAAACUUUGCAAAGUAAGUGUUUUCUUACAAAAGCUCUCCUAACAAUUCAUGUGAUCUUUUUUAAAAAUGGGAAGAACAGAAAGAGGAAAGAAAUAAAAGAUUGUGCAAGCUUUCUUAUCAAAUAGGAAUUUCCAAUGAUAUAAAUCUAAAUUCCAGAUUUUGAGAAGCAUAUUUCAAGAAGCUUUCAUUUGAGGGUUUUUUUUACCCUUAAAGUUGAAGGAAAAGGAAGGGUGACAGAAGUCAGAACAAUGCUUUUGACCAUGUCCGUGAGAUUUCAAGGAUCUAUGAACCAUCUUCGGCAGAUUCUUAAAUAUGUAUGACCUGAGCAGACUGAAUGAAAACUGAUUUGGCCCUUCUGGGUUCCGUCCUCCCCCAGGGUCAAGGACAAGGCAGAGGGGAAUGUUCCAGUGGCUCAAAGGUUGACAGUCCAGUUGUACAGGGAAGAAAAAUGAUAACUUGACCAUGAGUAUUGUUUCGUCCUUGCUGUCUCUGUGAUAUUUAACAACUCUAAAAUAAUAACCUUUACCUAUUUGCCUCACAGGAAUUUUGUGAGACAUUUAUAAAAAUCUGUAAAAUUCACUGAAAUUCUUACAGUUAUGAAUUAUUUUAUCUUCAUGUUUAGAAAUAAUUACACUUCAGUAGUUUCUUGGGAAAACACAGUCCAUGUAUAGUAGGGCCAUAGAGAAAUAAAAGCAUGCCCUCGGCUUUUAAUUAAUCUAAAUGUCAGCCAUGUGGUUAAAUCUCUUAGACCUAGGCAAGGGAGUUGAUUCCAAGAUUGUGUAUGUCAAGAUUAUAAAUAAUUAAGAGUUGAUAAGAUUAUAAAUGCUCAUUAUCAGAAAAUAUUAUUCAUUAGCAACUGCAGGGAAGAAAAAUACUGUUAAUACUGAAUAGAAUGCUUAUGAAAAGUGUGUAAGUAUGUGUGGCAGACCAAGUAGCAUGCAUAUACACACAACAGAUAUGUUCUGCAUUCCAGCGGUGUGUAUGUUUCACCCCCACGAUGUGUCAUUACAUACCCACCCCUGUGCAGGCAGAGACACACAAACACACACAAACACAUGCAGACAUGGACAGACACAGUCAAAUUCUUCUUUUCAGUGGACAACAUUGGUAAUAUUAAGUAAUUUAAUUUUCAGACUGUGAGACCCUUAACAAUAUAUGAAAAACAGUGGGGAGACCUUUGAAAGUAGAGUUGCUGAUCAUAUUCAGAUAUUUUUGUAAAGAUAAUCUAGCUUGGAACUAAAUUAUUUGCAAAGAUAGUUUUCUUUUUGCUUUGUAGUUUUAUUGUCUUUUUAUCCCUUUUACUUGUUCCGUGUGUACAGCUGAACAGGGAUCCUUUUUAAAGGACUGUGGAUUGUUGAAAUUUAUGUCCUGUAAACUUGCUUUUGGGGCAGAUUUUCUCUCUGACUAUUCAUUAUUUAUCAUUCCUCAGGAGGAUCUUUAGCCAAGCACACUUGAAAUGACACAAUGAUUUAACUUAUAAAUAUGGCAGGAAACAGAUAUUUCCACAUACUCAUGGAAAAUGAAUAAAAUACAGAGGUAACUAUGUUGUAUUUUCUUGAACUUAGAUGCUUUCUUAUAAAGUUUGCUUAGAGUUAGCUUUGUUGUAUUUGUCAUUUUGGUGCUGGAAGAAAAACAAACAUGCUGAAGGAUUAAACUAAUUGUGCAAUUUCUUAACUGGAGAAAGUUUUCUAUUGCCGCUAAUGAUAUGCACAAAGAAACUUGUUUGACAAAUGGUACUUUCAAGCCAAUGUUAUUGUUUCCACAUGGAUACACAGUACCUACGUAGCAGGCACCGUGAGGAAAGGGACUUGCCUUAAUUUCUAAAGGAGGAAGCAUGCGGAAAUGAACUGUGGGCCUUCCAACUGGGGAGAGUUCACUAGCAGGGAUUCCUUUGAGAGGGGAAUAAAGAGAACAUGCCUAUGGCUGCCUUCUGUUUAUUGGCCCUGCACUGGAGCACACUUUGGGAGCUGGCUGUGGGCCUUAAAUAAAGAGAUGGAAGCGAGGGCUGGGGAGAUGCAAUCAGAGCUUACCCUCUCAGCCUAUGCUUCUUUGUCUUGGCCGGGCACUAUCUUUCCAGACAAGCUAGGGGUCAAGGGCUACAGAGAGGCCCCAAGAUGGUAGGAGAUACUUCUUGGUACACUUUUUGUUUUGCUUGUUUCUUAAGACUUUGUGCCACAAAUUCUGCAAAACAAAAAACAGAAACAAAAUUCAACUUUUACCCAGUCGACAGCAGAAAGUCAAAAGAGUGGAUGGGAUGAGGGAAAAUAUGCCAAGAGUAUCAUUUUUUGGUUUGCUUUCCUGUCCAUCAUGUUGAAGGACCAAACCAAGUGCUCCUGCCAUCAUCAUUUAUGUCUCCCUUAUUACUACACAAUCAUAUGAGGGCAGAGAUGAGGAGGCAUCUUUUAAAAGCCUUAGGAUAUUCUGUAUGAUGACCUCAAUCUUCACUUUCAGCCAUAUUGGGAAAAAUCACUUUUCAUGGAGUGACUCCUAACAGUGAAUGUACUGGAACAUAAAGCGUUUGGCAUGUAUACACCUAUGUGUCUACACACAUGCAAAUACACACUCACACAUUAUUCCGGUUGAAACUGUUACCACUCAACCUAAUUCUGUUGCCAUUUUAACUCUUAAAAUCAAUGCCUCCAAUCUGAGUAGGCACAAACUGAAUUCCAAUAUUAAUUAUUUAAGAAGAGAAAAAUCACUAGAAAACCAAUGAAGAAAAAUGAGACCAUGAUAAAUAAGAAAUGCCUAGCAGUAAUAGUCUCACCACAUUGUCAAUUACCCCUCAAGCUGGUGAAUUGAACGUGGAAUUGAAUAUAAAGGACAAACCAACCAAUCCUGAUCUUUACUUAAAGUUGCUUUAAGUUCUUUGAGGUUCUGACUUAAUUUAGCCAGGGUUAUCUCUUCAGACCCCCCCUUCCCCCAUUUGGCUUUUAGGCUGGAAAGUUGGAAGUCUCAGGAAAUGCAUGUUUUCAUGAGUUUUUCAGUUCUACAGUUUUGCAGGUGCAGGGGCACAGUCUCACUCAUGCCAAUGAGGGCUCCUUAGCCAGAGUGCUCGCCUUUUGACCUGCUAAUGAAACGUAUGCACAGUGCCCCUCAGGAUAUGCUAAACAAGGUUUUGAAAGUCUUUUAUUUUACUGUACUUCAGUCUUUUCCAUUACAAUCGUGACAGAAUAAUGUGAAUGCUGUAUUUGCCAUAACUUAUCAGUGGCUGCUCUGGUCCGUGCAGUUCUACAUGAUGCUCUAAAUUGUUUGUUUCCUUUCCCCCAUGACAAUGGCAAAAUGUUCUGUAUCAUUUGUAAAUUGUGUUGAUUGAGUCUGUUGAUAAUUGUGCAAUUUUUAUUUCAUGCGUGAGACUAUUUUUAGGUAUCAGUUCUACAUGUAUAUUUGUAUGAGUCAAAAGUAUCUGCUUGUAUGUGAUUUGUGUGUAAGCGUAUUGUAUCUUCUAAGAAAAUCAAACUUAUCCUAAAGAAAAAGGGCACAUUAUGACCAGCCUUAAUUCAUUGCCAUUUUUUGUUGUUUUGUUGCAAUUUGGGAUUAAAAUUUAAAGAGAAAUUAUGUCUUUGUUAAAAGUGACUUUUAAACAAUCAUCUGAGGGAUGUACUUCAGAACUUAUCUGAGUUUCCCACAAACCACAGACCACAGUUCAGCUUGGGGAGCACCCCAUGCUUCUCAGAGGUUGCAAACGUCCGUUAACUCAUUAAACCCAUAGUCAUACAAUGCGAUUAAAGUCGCACUUGUUUCUAUCACCAACAGAGCCAGCUCACCUCUGAAGCUGCUCUUCCAAACAUAGAACCCAUUUUGCUUAGGAAGAUAAGUUGUCCAUGAAAAACAUUGUUUCUGCAAAGCAUGACUUUUUAAAAAUUGGAUCUUCUCUAGAAAGAUGAACUGCCUUGUCUCUCUGAGAGUCGCUAAAGACCUGUCAUCAUGGAGUGGUCCCAACAUGGUUUUCUUUCCAAAAAACAAGCAUGCAACGCUCUUUUGAGUUUUUGCUAGGUGCCCAUGUGUAGUCCAGGAGUAGAAAACUCCUGACUAGUUCGAGCGUCUGCAUCGGUUCUCACGCUCAAGGCAAAAACUCUGUGCCUGGGCCUGGGAUCCCUGGGCCUGGGAUCUGGGUCUAGAAUGUUAAUCUUAUUUCCUCUCUUUCUCCAUUCUCAUUGCUUUUUUCUCCAUAUUUAGGGUUACCAGAUAAAAUAUGCAACACCCAGGGAAAUUUCAAUUUCAAAUAGUAAAUAUUUUUUAGUAUAGAAAUUCCCCAAA